AUGGGUGGGACCUGCCGGGUCUGCUCGCGGACGUGCCAGCCGACCGGCGCGCCGCUUCGCCGCUGCCCACGCUGCAAGCUAGCGCGCUACUGCAGCGCUAUGCACGAAGCCAACGACGCGGGCGACCACCGCGCCGAUUGCGCGGCCGUCAUCGCCGCCGACGCCGACGUCCAGCGGCUCCGUCUCGCGCUGUGGGGCCGCCCCGAGGCCAUGACGGCGACGCAAAAGUACAUUCGCGCGCUCUGCGCCGUGGGCGCAUGGUCGGCGUGCGAGGCGGCGCUCGUUGCCGCCGUCUCGCUGCCGCUGUACCCGGUGCUGCAAGGCGCCUUUGUCCACCUCGAGAAGGCCUUGCCGUGGUUCCUCCUCGCACAAGAUGACUCGGCCGGCGCGUACCGCUGCUUCUUCUCAACGAUCGAGUUUCUCGACGAAGCGGCCGCGCGGCCAAUGCUCGACAUCACAGCGUGGCGCUGUCCAAAGCGGCGAUCGAUCCUCGACACGCAGGAGCUAUUGACGCUGGUGCUGCUCCUCUUGCGCGCGCGCGCGCGGCUCGUAUUUUACUUUCACUGGCUCCUCUUCCUCAUGGGCACAACCUUGGACGACGCGGCCACGUCGUACGUACUGGGUCCGCACACAGACAUGCUCCGUGAGAUCCACAGCUACUUGCUACCGUCGUCGCCCUUGCGCUGCCUCUGUCGGUUGACAAAACGACCGCACGGACUGCGCAAAGCCAUCAUGCAGCUCCACUACGCCGUGUGGGCAACCAUGGAAGAGCUCUCGCUGCGCGACGACGCGCCGUGGUUGGACCUCGACGAAAUUGCCGGCCGCGGCCUCGACCUCAGCGGCAUGGACGGGCUCUUCGACUUGGGUAUGGACAUGUUCCUGCCAACAACCGUCGAGCUGCUCCAGCGCGGACCGCUUCGGGCGGCGUGGCGCGCGACGCCGGGCGCGAUGACCGUGCUCAACGCUCGCCUGCACACGGCGGUCGAGCCGCUGUGA